CUCCUCCUCGGUUUUCCGACAAGGUUGUCGGGGUAACUGGAGGGGACGCUUUCUCUCUAAGUGUAGCCGCAGCAGACCAAAAGAACAGUGGACUUGCCUUUUAUCAUUAAUGUUGUUGCGAGUAUUUACCCAUUUAUCGACGCCACCUAGAAGACAGCUUUUAAGGUCCGGUCACAGCAGACAUGGCUGUGUACUUUGAUCACUGUAUCGAGGCCCCUGAAUCUAGUGGGCCCCCGUCUCAGGUGGCAUGGCAUCCCACUCAGCCUAUACUAGCAGUGGCCUCCAACAGCCCUAUCACAGGGGGCAACAUCGACCUCUACCUCCAACAGGGGGAGCAUGUAGUAAGCUGCCACGUGGAUCGUCCUUUCCAGCCCACAGUACUGCGCUGGCACCCCACCAAACCUCUGCUGGUCUUGGGCUGGGAGACAGGCGAGGUGCUGCUUCUUGCGCACCCCUCUGGAGAUCAGACACCCCUGCCAGCCACACACACCGCCUGCAUCACCCUGCUGGAGUGGAGCUGCUCUGGUAGCCGGCUGGUCACCGGGGAUCAGAGUGGACUUUUGGCAUUAUGGAAGGUGGACACCCGGGGAAGACUCCAGGAAAGUCCCAUAGUGAAGCACGACUACAGCAAGCCCCUAACCUACUGCAUCUUCAGACCAGCACCUCCGGGAGAGGACGUGGCGAUGUUGGCGCGGGCUGCGGUGAGCGGAGACGAGAACGCCCUGGACAUGUUCAACUGGAAGAAGGCCGGGAAGGCGGCGCCACUCAAGAUGGGCCCUCAGGAGGGACUGGCGUUCUACGUCAGCACGGAAGAUGGUAGGGUCCACUGUGUGGACGAGCGUGGCGGCAGCAGCCAGGUGCUCAGCGUGGACAGCUCCGUCCUGAAACUCUUCUAUUUGAAGAAGAGAGACAUCCUGGCCGUCGUCACGGACACCCUUCUGCUGUCACAGUACACCCUGGGACCUGAAGGUGGGGCCCAGGAGCUCAUGAAGGUGAAGCUAAGUGGAAAGAGUGGGCAAAACACAGAUAUCGUUUCGACAGAGACGGGCCUCCUCAUCAUGGCUACAGGCGAACUGGUGAUCAGGCUCUGGGACUUGGAGAGGGAUGAUAACUACGUACUAUCUCUAGAUGAGAGCCUCGGCUUCGAGAAGGGAGAACUGCUCAACUGCGUGUCCUACUGCACAGCCAAAGAGAUCCUAGCAGCGGGCACCAGUAAGGGUCGUAUAGCUCUGUGGAGGAUGGUGAGCCAGCCCAACACCAGGACCGACACCAAGGCCCAGUGGAAACUCCAGACCCCCGCGGAGGUCCAGGGCAGCGUCAGCCAACUCCAGUGGGGCUCCAACCUGAACCUUCUGGCGGCCGCCAGCGGGGCGACCGUGCUGAUCCUCCGCGAGCACGUCAUGUCGGCCGGCUACAGUCAGCAGGUGGCGGCGGUGCAGCUGACCCCCACUCAGCUCAGCCUCGCCGCGUUCACCACCGACUCCCUCCUCACCCUGCGCUCCGCCACGCACAUCAAGGGCGUCUGUGUCUCCAAGGAUACUGUCACAGUGUGGAACGGGAAGCAGGUCACUGUGUACGAGUUCUCCGGGACCACGCUACGUGACACAGGCUCUUUCCAGUGUGAGUCCCAGGUCUUAGCUGUGCAUGAUGACAACAUCUACACUGUGGAGCCCAACAGGGUCCAGGUCCGCACGCCACAGGGGACUGUCAAGCAGUUGCUCCCCUUCUCCGAGGCGGAGGGCAACCCCGUGCUUCUCAGUGUGUGCCAGGGCUACCUGGCGGUGGGGACGGACACCGCUCACAUCAAGGUCUUUGACCUCACCCGCAGGGAAGCCAAGGCUCACAGCAGUGCUAAGAACAUGGUGGACCUGAUCCCUGAUCUUGGAUGCCUGAGAUCUGUCAAGUGUAACGCCAACGGAAGCCAAGUCAGCAUUCUGGUCACUCAGGUCAAUGGGAGGCCUGACCACAAGAUGUACUUCUAUGACGUGGAGAUGGACACGCUCUCUUAUUUCGACUUCUUCACUGGCAGGCCUCCAAGCAGCAUCUCACCGGCCGACGACACUGAGAGACGGCCGAUGACCGAGCUGAUUGAGAGAUGUCCCAUUUCUCACUUCUGGGAUGAGAGCGAGCCUCGUCUGUUUGUCUGUGAGACCGUACUGGUCAACUCUGACUUCUCCCAAAUGGACCACGUGGACAGGGUGGAUGUGCUGGUAGUGACGUUCUUUUGCACUCAGGAACAUGGGCUCCUCCUGCAGGACUCAUUCCCCAAACCAACCGGUCUGCAGGCCCUCCUGGCUUUAGACGUUCCCUACUACUACUUCACCUGUAAGCUGUUGUUUCGGAGGGGUGGUAUCUUUCUACCAGAACCUGGUGAGAAGGGUCCUGGAGUGGCAGAGGCCCCAGGUCCAGUCUCCGUUCCUCACCCAGCCCAGGCUUCGGCCCCAGUCCUGCCUUCCCAGUCUGCCCACAUGGUGUCCAGACGAGCCCUUCGGGACUUCCAGGGCCUAGAGAACUGCGAGAAGGCCACCCGCGAUGCCAUGCUCAACUUCAGCUUCUACCUGACCAUUGGCAACAUGGAUGAAGCCUUCAAGUCCAUCAAGCUCAUCAAGAGUGAGGCAGUAUGGGAGAACAUGGCGAGGAUGUGUGUGAAGAACCAGCGUCUGGACGUGGCGCGGGUGUGCCUGGGCAACAUGGGCAACGCCAGGGCAGCGCGGGCACUUCGUGAGGCUGAAGCAGAGCCUGAGCUGGAGGCCAGGGUGGCAGUACUGGCCCUGCAACUGGGCAUGCUGGAUGAUGCCGAGAAGCUGUAUAAGAGCUGCGGCCGCUUCGACCUCCUUAACAAGUUGUACCAGGCGUCUGGCAAGUGGCCUCAGGCAUUGGAGACAGCGGAGACCCACGACAGGAUCCACCUCAGGACGACCUACUACAGCUACGCCAAACACCUGGAGGCCAUCGGAGACAAGGGCCUGGCCCUCAUAUUCUAUGAGAGGUCUGACACCCACCGGUUCGAGGUACCCAGGAUGCUUCUGGAUGACGCACAGUCACUGGAGUUUUAUGUUAACAAAAAGAAGGACAAAAACAUCUAUAAGUGGUGGGCCCAGUACCUGGAGAGCCAGUCAGAUAUGGAGUCAGCUCUGCGCUACUAUGAGUAUGCACAGGACUUCCUUUCGCUGGUUCGUGUGCACUGCUACCUUGGGAACAUUCAGAAGGCGUCGGAGAUAGCCAAUGACACAGGGAACCGCGCUGCCUCGUACCACCUAGCCCGACAGUAUGAGAGUCAGGAGGAGAUCAAACAGUCUGUCCACUUCUACACACGCGCCCAGGCCUACAACAACGCCAUCCGCCUCUGCAAGGAGAACGGCCUGGAUGACCAGCUUUUGAAUCUGGCCCUCCUCAGUAACCCGGAGGACAUGAUGGAGGCUGCCUGUUACUACGAGGAGAAGGGCUCCCAUAUGGACCGUGCUGUCAUGCUCUACCACAAGGCUGGUCAUUUCUCCAAGGCUCUGGAGCUGGCCUUCGCCACGGAGCAGUUCACAGCGCUGCAGCUCAUAGCAGAGGACCUGGAUGAGACAUCUGACCCGGCCCUGCUGUCCCGCUGCUCCGACUUCUUCAUCAAACACGGCCAUUAUGAGAAAGCAGUGGAGCUGCUGUUGGCAGCAAAGAAGUACCACGAGGCCCUGCAGCUGUGUCUGGACCAGAGCUUGACCAUCACAGAGGAACUGGCCGAGAGUAUGACCGUCACCAAGGAGUCCAAGGACCUCUCGGAGGAGGCUCGCAAGGAGCUGCUGGAGAGAAUCGCUGACUGCUGCAUGCGCCAGGGCAACUAUCACCUGGCCACCAAGAAAUACACCCAGGCUGGCAACAAGUUAAGGGCUAUGCGGGCACUACUGAAGUCAGGGGACACCGAGAAGAUUGUGUUCUUUGCUGGCGUGUCGCGUCAGAAGGAGAUCUACAUCAUGGCUGCCAACUACCUGCAGUCUCUCGACUGGCGGAAAGAUCCAGAAAUCAUGAAGAACAUUAUUAGCUUUUACACCAAAGGCAGGGCACCGGACCUGUUGGCGGGCUUCUAUGAAGCCUGUGCCCAGGUGGAGAUAGAUGACUACCAGAAUUAUGAGAAGGCGAUGGGUGCUCUGAGUGAGGCAUAUAAGUGCCUGUCCAAGGCCAAGGGCCGGAGCCCAGAUGAACACGAGGCUCGCCUGGCUGACCUGCAGCACAAGAUCACCCUGGUCAAGAGGUUUGUCCAGGCACGCAGGUUGUACGAGGAGGACCCAGGAGAGGCGGUGCGUCUCUGUGAAGCCCUAAUAGAGGAACCAGAUCUGGACCCUGCCGUCAGGAUAGGAGACGCAUACGGCUUCCUGGUGGAGCACCACUGUCAGCAGGGCAGUUUCCAGGUGGCCUACAGGAUGCUGGAGGAGCUGCAGAAGUUGCUGCCCUCUCUAAACGUCAGCUACUACGUGAGCCAGGGCAGCCUGGCGGCCCUGCAGUCGACAGUGGGUUUACCCAUGGGCCGGGGGCACCUCUCAGGCAGGGGAGAUCGCCGGGACAGCGGGGGAGAGGACGAUGAAGUCGAGGAGGAAGAAGCCCUAGAGUCCAACCAAGGGGACUUGUAGCCAAAGUUAUCUCAUCAGAUAUUGCUCUUCGCCAUCACGAUGAGCAGUUGAUUUGUUGACUCUGGUGUUUAAGUGCUAGCAUGCACCUAAAUACAUUUGUAUUCUCACCCUGCAGAAAGGAUGAAUAGUAGAGAAAAGUGUGGAUUAUCUUAUACCCGAUGAAUCACUCUGACUAAUAAAUUACACUUUUUAUACUUUUAUUUUAUGGUAAAUGCGUUUAAUUGGUUUAAUUGGACUGUAUAACCAUACAUAUAUAUAUAUAAGCCUCUACUUCCAUUUGAAAUAAGGGAGCAAUACAUUGGUAUACCUUGUGCAUUUAUACAAUUUGAAGUUCCUGGCUGUGUUUUGCUGAUGCUGGUUAGCUUUUUUGCCUUAUGCAGAAUGGCAUCUAUAAAUGCAAAAUAAUGCCUUUGGUUUGGAGCUGAAAGUUGCAUGGAUCUUGGAUCUAAAUUCCUAGAUCAUACUAACAUUUUCCCAACUGUUUUGUAAUAAAUCCAUUAUAUAUAUAUAUAUACACUUGCUGUCAGAAUUGACAUUAUAACAGAAUGUGCUUGGUAUGUUUUAGUGUUCUUAUUUGUACAUUACCCUGUGAGUUCAUUGAAAUUAUUUUGAGAUGUUUUGUAAUCUGUAUAGCUAUAUACAUUUUUUAAUAAAAAUGUUUAUACCUUUGUUAAGUGGUUUGCUCCGUUACAGAGCCAUCACUAAAAAACGUAC